AUGGGAGAUGUGAGAGAUCAUCUGGCUCCGAAUCAGGAAGACCCAAAAGAAAAGAACGGCAUAUCUCGACGCCGAUCUGAUUUGAGACCCGUCAUCUCUUGCCGCCCUGAACUCUCGAUCGAACAUAUGAAAUCUGUCAAACCACAUCGACUACAAGGAGAAUACCCAAACACGUCGAGAGACUACGAUACCAAUGGUAGCACGCAAAAUCACGAAUCUUCCCAUUCCAAAAACGUAUAUACCGAAUUGAUCUUGGAAGAUCAUCUGCCGACUGUUAUUGGAACACCUCGAGGACAUCGAUGUCCAUUUCCACAUUGCGGCGCGUUACAUUCCAGUGCUGAGUCUUUGCAUGCUCAUAGAGAGAAGCAUACUAAAGAAUUGUCCAUGAAGUGCUCUAUUUGCAUACACUUGCCCCCAGCUCGCUCAUUUGACCAGGCUUGGAAACAUCUAUUGGAUUGUCACAACAGGUAUUCCCAAGAUGGACAAGGUGUUAGCGCAAUCAUGAAAGCCCCAACUUGA